CUGCCUUUGGCAGUAGCACUGCUACCAACUAUGUACUCCGAUAGUGACUCGGAGUCAUCAGAGUCCAACACUGUGGUCACCAUGUUCGAGGAGGAGGUGUUCACCAGGCAGUACACGGUGUUGAAGACCUUGGGCCAGGGUGGCACUUCCGAUGUGAGGCUGUGCUCCCACCGCCUUACAGGUGCCCCAGUUGCUGUCAAGGCUCUUUUGAGGGAGAGGUGGUCGGACCCAACAGUGCCCGAAGCGGACAUUAUGAAAAUGCUCAGUCACCCAAACAUCGUCUCGCUUGUGCAAAUAAUUGAGACAGAACACACAACUUACUUAAUUAUGGAAGUUGCCAGAGGAGAAGAGCUACUUAAACGAGUCCGGGACGCUGGAUGCCUGAAAGAAGAUGAAGCUAGGAGCAUAUUUGUUCAGCUGCUCAGUGCCAUAGGCUACUGUCACGGUAAAGGUGUGGUGCACAGGGACAUAAAGCCUGACAAUAUCAUAGUGGGUGAGGAUGGAAAGGCUACACUUAUUGAUUUCAGCCUCGGAGACACAUUCCUACCUGGACAAAAACUGGAAAGGCUGUGUGGAGCCUUCCAGUUCAUUGCUCCAGAGAUCUUCCGAGGCCUACCCUACGAUGGCACAAAAGUAGAUAUGUGGGCCUUGGGGGUCAUUUUAUAUUAUAUGACCACCGGAUUCCUGCCAUUUGGAGGAGGAACCCUGUCGGAACUGAGCAACAAGGUGAUGAAUGGAAAAUAUCGUACACCGGAUCAUCUCUCCGACGAUAUUAGGAGCAUGAUUAGCCUCCUGCUAACUGUCAACCCAAGGCAGAGGCCAAAUGCGCAAGAACUCGUAAGCCAUCCAUGGCUCCAGCAAGGGGGAAAGACUUUGACAUUCCAUUACAACAGUGACACCAAAUUCCCAGACCCUGAUAUAAUGGGGGCCAUGGAAAGCAUUGGCUUUCAUUCCCAAGACAUAAGAGAAGCUUUAAAACACAAGGAGUUUGACGAAACUAGGGCAACAUACCACCUAUUGAAAACCCUAGCAAAUCAGGAUGAUGGCACUUAUGUGCAAAGAGAUGUCACUAACCCAGGAGUGACACCUUUCCCUUCAGCAACAGACCCUAACACUUACCCUCUGCCUCCCAGGAGAAGGGCCAGUGAACCUUCCCUGAAAAUACUAGUGUCAUCUACUGGACAACGUCCUGGGGAGACAAAUGCCCCUGUUGCGCCCAAGAAGACACCCCCUAUGGGCAGUCGUCAGCAAAGAAGAAUGACUGCCCCUUGCAUCUGCAUCGCUACUUACACUGUGGUGGAAGUAAUCGAAACCCUCGAUAACACCUUCUCCUCUAGCUCCCAGUUCGAAAAGGCCCCAAGUGAGCCAGAAAGAAGGAGACCGUUCACUCCAAGACCCCCGCAGCCUCAGGGAUGGGCCAAAUGGAAGAAACAAAUUUCGAAUUGCAUCAGGACUCUAUGCUGCUGCUGC